CUUCAUAUAACAGUUUAGUUGAUUAGAAGAAACUAUAGUAUGAGUUUCUUCACUUUUUUGCUCCUUUUUCCAGGAGUGAUCGGGAACUCCCUUGUUUUUGUGAGUCUUCAGAAGAGUAGUUCAGUGUGCUGCAUGAGUGCUAAAGUAAAGACAUGUAAUGUGGCAUCAGUUGACCCAUCUAUGCUUGGAAAAGGAACUUUGACAUUACCAGGAGAUAUUACCGUUUCAUUCCUUAAUAUGGUUGCUGGGAACCCAAAUGCAUAUCACUACGGAAGUGAUGUUGCCAAUAUCAUCAUCACACAUAAUCCAAGCACAGGUGGCAUUCAUGGUCAUUUCAUGACAUCAACGGGAUUAUCCUAUACCCUGGAAUAUUGUGGAGAUGCAGGGCAUGUAUGGAAAGAAGUUGAUGUUCAAAAUCUUGGUUCCAAUGAGGGAAUUGAUUACGUUGAUGUCCCAGAAAUAGCCGUUGAUCCUCUAGAAAGAGUUGUCAAUCCACAACUAGUUCAUGAUGACUUUUUAAGGCAAGGUUUAGCUGACAACACUACUAUUUACACAUAUUCUGUCAAGUUUUACUAUACCCCAUCAUUUUUUGCUGUAACUCCUGACAUUGAAGGAUUUAUAGAUCAAGUACUAGCAGAAACUAAUCAAGGAUAUGCAAACAGCCUGGUUCCCUUGAGGGUUGUAAAACAUUGCUCAGAGCUUACAACCAUAGAUGAUGUUCCAGCUUCUUCUGAUAUGUUAAAUAACUUUAGAUACAUGAAAUCCUCCACAUCUGAACUCAGAGGAUCUGCAGACGCUGCAGCUCUUUUGAUAAACGACUUCAGCUCUUGUGGUAUUGCUUACCUAAAUGUAAUUUCUAGUGGUAACAUGGUUUCUGUAACAAAGAAAAGUUGUGCUGUCGGGUAUUAUUCUUUUGGCCAUGAAGUUGGUCACAACAUUGGGUUGCACCAUGAUCCACUAGUAGCAACUAACACUGUAUAUCCUUAUGGGCAUGGCCAUAUGAUUGCACAAGGAAGUGCUAAUACUGGAUAUAGAACCAUACUGGCUUAUUCAGCAACAGGACACAAUACCAGAGUCAAUUACUAUUCAAAUCCUAGUGUUAUAUUACCAACCACUGGAACACCCACAGGAGUAAAAGGGAUUUCAGACAAUGCUGCUCUUUUAACUUUAAACAGGAUUAGCUUGUCUGCUAUUGGUGAUGAGUCUACAGCAUGUUCUACAGCUCUAACAGCUGCACCAACCACUGCUGCUCCAACAUUGGCACCAACCACAGCUGCUCCAACAGCAUCACCACCAACAAACCCCCCCACAAGUGGUAUUUGUAAUACUGUCUCUGGAGCACAAUGCAUUUUCCCAUUCAAAUAUAAAAAUAGAAUCUUUGACACAUGUACAACCUCUGAUGGAGAUCCAAAACCAUGGUGUGUAACAGCACUUUCUUCAAGUGGAAAUAUGGCAAAUAGUACUUCUUGGGGAUAUUGUGCAAGUAACUGCCCUGGAGUUAGUUUACCAACCAAUGUGUAUGUUCAUCCAGAAAAUGCAGUAGGACAAUGCAAAUGUGGUGUUCCAAACACAAUGGGAUCUACAAAAAUUGUUGGUGGUUGGGCAACUACAAUCGGUGAAUAUCCUUGGCAGGUUGCUCUGCUUUUUGGAAAUACAGUGGACUCACAAGGCUGUGGAGGAACAUUGGUAGGAGAUAGGCAUGUUAUCACUGCAGCUCAUUGCACUGAAGGACAAACAGCUUCUUCAAUUAAAGUAUUAAUAGGAGAUACUAAUCUUGCAAUAGCCAAUGACACAACACGGUUCAUCAAGACUCUUUCAGAAAUAAGGCAACAUCCAAAUUACAACAGUCAAACCACAGAAAAUGACAUUGCCAUUCUUGUCUUAUCUUCUACUGUUGAUUUAAGAGCAUAUCCUAAUAUUAAACCUGCUUGUCUUCCUAAUGCUGGUUCUAUAUCACAAUUUGUUGGACAAUCAGCUGUAGUGUCUGGAUGGGGCACAGUCGGGUCAGGUCUGUCCUUAAAUUCCCAUCUCUUUGAAGUUAAUGUUGAAGUGUAUGGAAAAACAAAUUGUGGAGUUCAUACCAGCUCUAUGACUUCAGACAUGCUUUGUGCAGGUUUACUUGCAGGAGGCAAAGAUUCCUGUCAAGGUGAUAGUGGUGGUCCUUUAAUUGCAAAAGAUUCCACCAACAAUGGUGCUGCAACUCUUAUCGGUGUUGUAAGCUGGGGAUUUGGUUGUGCCUCUGUAAAUGCACCUGGAGUUUAUUCUGAUGUUACUCAUUUUCGAAGUAAUGGGUGGCUUUCGUCCAACCUUAUCAACCUUAACACAUGCUCACCACCACAAUCUUCAACAUGGACAAUUCCAAUGGGACCUUCACCAACAUCAGCUCCAACAAACCCACCAGUGACCACUCCUCCUCCCACAACCCCUCCAGUGACCACUCCUCCACCGACAACCCCUCCAGUGACAACUCCACCUCUAACAACCGCACCAGUGACGAGUACCUCUCUAACAAACCCUCCUAUAACCACACCAACUCCAACAAAUUCUCCUGUAACAACCACCCCAACUGAAUGUACAAGUGAAAACGGCAUCACUAAUCUAACCUUACUAAGGAAAAUAAAUAGAGUAGGAAAUCAAAAAGCCUGUUAUCAGCUCUGCCUAGAUGAAGCAAGCUGUGACUAUUGGUCUUUUUUCUACCAUCGCCAGUUGCAAAGGCGACAGUGCAGGCUCUUCGCUAUCACUUUCAAACCUUGGAACAACUGGACGAGUGGACCAAAAACUUGUUAAUUAUUCAUUUCUAAUUAAAUUUGAUUAAAUAUUUAUUGGUAAAUGAUUUAGAUAAAUAAAUUGGUAUCAUCUCUUUUAA